GCUUCCGCCCAAGUGCUGUCUUUUUCGGUCCCCUGUUGUUCGGUGGAGGACGAUUUUUCCUUUUCUGACAGGAUUAUACGCGAUUUUCUUUAUAAAUAAUUAGCAAAAAUGAGUUUAGCAAACGCAAGACCUUUGGUCUCCGUCUACUCGGACAAAAAUGAGCAAGUAAAGGAUAAGAACAUCUGCUUACCAACAGUUUUCAAAGCUCCAAUUCGCCCGGAUAUUGUGAAUGAAGUUCAUCAGCUAAUCCGUCGCAACAGCCGUCAACCCUAUGCCGUUAGUGAGCAAGCAGGUCAUCAAACGUCUGCUGAAUCUUGGGGUACCGGUCGUGCUGUCGCUCGUAUUCCUCGUGUUCGUGGUGGUGGUACUCAUCGUUCCGGCCAGGGUGCUUUCGGUAACAUGUGUCGUGGUGGUCGUAUGUUUGCCCCAACUAAGACUUUCCGUCGCUGGCACCGCAAGGUCAAUGUCAACCAGCGCCGUUACGCUAUUGUCUCGGCUAUUGCUGCAUCCGGAGUUCCAGCUCUUGUCCAAUCUAAGGGCCACAUCAUCGACGGUGUUUCGGAAUUCCCCUUAGUUGUGUCGGAUGAAGUACAGAAGCUACAAAAAACCAAGCAAGCCGUUGUAUUCUUGAGACGUAUGAAAAUCUGGGCAGACAUCCAAAAAGUAAGUCAAGUUAAAACAACUAAUGUGAAAGUGGCAGUAUUCCGUGCAAAUGCAAAUGUAGCUAGUUAGUUUGUGUUCGCUGGA